AUGUCAGACGAAGAACCAUAAAAAGACGACGAUCAAGGUUAAGGAGAUAAUCCCGAUCAAGAUUAAGGAGACAAUCCCGAUCAAGACAACGAAGAUUACCCCGAUGAUCAAGAAUAUAUUGAGGAUGAAGAAAAUCCAAAAGAUGAGGAGGAUCAACAGAAUAAUGAACUAGUAAACAAUUUGAAACUCACUAUUGAGGAGUAAGGGUUAGAAGAUAAUCAGAAAUUGAGGAAAUGGAAGGACCUACUGACUGAGCAUGUUUAAUAAGUUUAAAAAUUAAGAAGGAGAAAUAAUAAUUUGAGAGGCCAACUCAAAAAACUAGGAGAUAAAGCCGAAAAAUUGGUUUAAUCUAAUGUUAGAAAAUAAAAAUUAUUGGAAUAAAAAUUGGACCCUAAACAUUAUAAUCUCGCUGAAAAGAAGAUAUUAUAUGAAAUUAAGAAUGGCAAAUCCAAAUAGGACUUCGCUAAUAAAAUAGAUCCUCGCAUUUUGGAUUUGUUGAUUGCUAUUGACAAAAUGGAACAAUCUAAUAGUCAGAUGAGGGAAUCAAUCAAGGCAUUGAAAGAUAGAAACAAAAACCUAGAAUAGACUGAAGAAGUAAAUAAACUUAGUAACGAAAUCAUACUUGUAGAAAAACAAAUCGCAGAAGAAGAUAGAUUGAGAAGAAAGAUGCAAGUAAUCAUGAAAGAACAAGAAGCAGAAUUUAAAUAACAAUAAUUUGAUUGUGAUUAUGAGGGUAGAUUAAAUAGUCUCAAAGAUUAAAUUAAAACGUUAAAGGAUAGUAUUAGAGAAGCUUAAAAAGUUGAGUUGCAUGAAACAAGGAAAGAAUUUGAAUUGAAUAAUCAUUUUGCUGAACUUUAAAAAAUAUAUCGUCAAAUGUGUACUUAAUUAAAUAAACCAUGCGAUGAGAAGCAGCAUUUUAAGUAAGACAAACAGAAGGACCAAGAUAAUCAGAAUGAAAAAUAAAAAAAAGUACAGGAGUUUGCACAGAAAAGUCAAGAAGAAAAUCUAAAGAGGUUCUUACAAUUAAAGGAUAGUUAACCACAGCCAGAAGACACAUCUGAACUUCAUAAGGCCUUGAAAGAAUUCAAGGAAGAUAAAGGGAAAUUUAAGUAAAUUUAGGAGGAGGUCAAGAACUUACAAGAAGAACUCGAAAAAAAGGAAAGAGAAGCUUAAAAGGAGAAGUCGAGAUAAAUUGAGGAAUAUUCUAAAUUGAAUGAAGAUGUAGUGUAGUUAGCGAAGUAAUUAAAAGAAAGAGAAGUGUAAACAAAAUCAUCAGUGAUAAAAUUAAAUGAUCUCCAAAGAUAAGUACAGCUGUUGGAUAGAAAAUAAGUCUAAGAACCAAUAUAAAGUACACACCAAAAACCAGAAAACAUUUUUUAUGGAAUUGAUAAAGAUUCAUAGACAUCGGUGCCAUUUGAUGAUAUCAAGAACUUGGAUUGGACAUCCAACAUGCCCAUCAAUUAAAUUGUUGUGUGUAAGAAUAGCUACAAUAAUCUGAUCAUUGGUUUGGAGUUGACUUAUGGAGAUGCAGAAAAUAAAGAAGAGUAGAAGACAACAAAGCAUAUUGGACUAUAAGAAGGUAGUAUUGAAAAGGAACAGAUCAAAAUAACCCCUGAAGAAAAAUUAAGUUAUAUUUCUGGUUUUUAUAACUCUGAGCAAAUAAUCUUCUUGAAAUUUGAAACCAGUAAGAAAAGAGUCAUUCAAGUUGGAAAUAUGAAAUAUAAGGAUAAUUAAACCAAAGAUUUUAGAAUUGAAAUUAAGGAUAAGGAAAUUCUAGGAUUUAAAGGAAUUUUAGACUAUACCUAAGAAUCGUAGAACACAUCUGAAAGAUACUUAGUUGCAAUAGGUUUGAAUCUCAAGCCAAAGGAAUUAGAUAUUUCAGCAAAGAAGCAAUAAAAGAAAUAGAAAAUGCUAGAGGAAUAAGAAAAAUAAAGAGUUCCUGUUGAUUAUAGGAAAAUUACAUAUCCCUUUAGAAAGAACCAUCCAAAACAUUUAGAUCUAAUCAAAUCUCAACCAAAGUUAGAUGUCUCAAUAUAUGAUGAAGAAAAAACCAUUUUAGAUAAGUUGUUCUAAAAAGAAAAAGAGAGAUACUUGUAGGCACAAAGAGCAUAAUUGGGAUUGUUAUCAGCUAAGCAAUUCAGUCCUGCAACAUACAAAUAAUAAGAGUAUUUAGAUGAAGACUAGAAGAGGAGACAAGAGAGAGACAAGAGAAAAGAAUGGGUUGAACAAAAGAGGGAAGAGAAUAAAAAUACUUUAAUGCUUCCUGUGAUAGAAACCAAGACGCCAGUAGACUAAGACAAAAAAGGAGCUAAGGCACAAAAAACAGUUAGUCCAUAAAAGCAACAGAAACAGCCUUAGAAGGAGGUUCCAAAAAAAGAUGAUUCUAAAGCUAAAAAAAAAUGAAUAAUUUACAAAUUUCAACACC